CGCGCCCUCCUUUCGGCUCGCGGUUCUCUUUCUUUCGGCAGCUGUCGGUUAGCUAACAGGAUCCCCAACAUGUCGCGGGUUUAUAUCGGACGGCUGAGCUACAGGGCGAGGGAGAAGGACGUGGAGCGGUUCUUCAAGGGUUACGGGAAGAUUCUGGAAGUGGACCUGAAGAACGGGUACGGCUUCGUGGAGUUUGAUGACCCUCGGGACGCUGAUGACGCCGUGUACGACCUGAACGGCAAAGAGCUGUGCGGUGAGAGGGUCAUCGUGGAGCACACCAAGGGCCCGCGGCGUGACGGGGGCUACAGCGGAGGACGGAGUGGAUAUGGGCGCUGGGGAGGAAGGGACAGGUACGGUCCACCUGUCCGGACCGAUUACCGGCUCAUUGUUGAGAAUCUUUCCAGCCGCUGCAGCUGGCAGGACUUAAAGGACUACAUGAGGCAGGCGGGGGAGGUGACGUACGCCGACACCCACAAGGGCCGCAAGAAUGAGGGCGUGAUCGAGUUCAGGCAGUACUCCGACAUGAAGAGGGCUCUGGAGAAGCUCGACGGCACAGAGGUGAACGGCAGGAAGAUCCGCCUCAUCGAGGAUCGUCCCGGCGCCAGGCGCCGCCGCUCCUAUUCCCGCAGCCGCUCCAGGUCUCGCUCCAGGAGCCGCAGGUCUCACAAGAGCCGCAGCCGCAGCGAGAGCAGCAGCCGCAGCCGAUCCCGCUCCAGAGCCGCUUCACGAUCCCGCAGCCGAUCUCGCAGCAAGAAGAACAAGAGCAAGAACAAGAAAGACGAGGAAGAGCGCAGCAACGGCGCUCAGAAGGACGACGACCGCAGUCGCAGCCGCAGUCGCAGCCGCAGUCGCAGCCGCAGCCCCAAGAGCAAAAAGAGUAAGAAGGAGGGGAAGUCUGCCAAGAAGGAGGAUUCCAGGUCCAGGUCCCGCUCCAGGUCCCGCUCCAGAUCCCGAUCCAGAUCCAGCCCUAAAGAUCGCCCCAGAAAGUCCACCUCACCGGACCGCGAGCCGCCCAAGAGCGACAACGAGGCGGGCGACGCCGAGAGGGCAUCCCGCUCCCGUUCCCGCUCUCCGGACGAGCCCAGACCCAAGUCCAAGUCCAAAUCGCCGUCUGCGUCUCCGGCCAAAGCCGGCUCCCGUUCUCGCUCUCGUUCCCGCUCCGAGUCCCGCUCCAAGUCCCGUUCCCGCUCUCGUUCCCGUUCUCGCUCCUAGUUCAGAUCCUGGACUGUGCAUCACGAUCCCCCCCGCCCCCAUUUACAUUCCCGCUCCCCUCCGACGCCCGACCAGGUUAUUGAUAAGUACCUGUAGAGCAGCCGGCUCCUUCAGCACACGCCCCCUUCAUUUAACUCUGACCCCGCCUCUUUUCCAGUAGAUGUUUGUGAAACGCAGAGGGGAUCUGGUUUUUAUAAGUUCUGAUGAUGGUCUGUGUUUCUGUGUUCUUUUUUUUUUUUUUUAUCUGAUGUAGAAGCCAAGCCGCUGGCUGGGAAUGAGAUUCCUGGUCCGUUCAAUCCUUGUUGAAUUUCGGUUCAGAAUAAAGUGUCUGUUUUCAACCA